ACUCGUCGUUCUACUAGUCAAACUCGAAUACCUUUCACGGUAUUUGCGACCUGGCCAUAAUUCCUCCACCUCUGCCGCGUUUCCUUGCGCCUGCAUCACAAUAUACUGCACCUAAGCUAGCGUGGACUGGCGAACACGAACCAUGGUACACGCCGAUUCGUCCAAUUUCGUGGCAGGAGUGAGCAAGACACAAGCAUACGAUCAGGUUAUCGACCAGGCGAAAGCUCUCUUUGCUGAUCAACGCAACUGGGUGUGGUAUGAAUUCCGUCAGUGUAUUGACCAGCAGUCUGAAACUGAACAUUUUGUCAGCAACACAGCGAACGCAGCUUCCCUCCUAUGGCACGCAUAUCAUGCAUUGCCAGCGCCAACUAAUCAAGUGAACUGGUCAGGCUUCUACACAGUUGAUCACUCAACGCCUGACCAGCUCAUUCUCGGACCUUUCCAUGGCAAAGUUGCCUGUCAGACAAUCAAGUUCGGCAAAGGUGUCUGUGGCGCAGCGGCAGCGAGCCAAAAGACACAGCUGGUGCUAGAUGUCGAGAAUUUCCCAGGUCACAUAGCCUGCGAUGGAGACAGUCGUAGCGAGAUAGUGGUGCCCAUCGUGAAGAGUGGAAAGGUCGUCGCAAUCAUCGAUAUCGAUUGCGCCGUGGAGAACGGUUUUGACGAGCAAGACCAGGUCAAGCUAGAACAGCUGGCUGAAGUGUUGGCAAAUGCUUGCGAUUGGUGACGGUAAAGGAAAAACGCAGUCGCUCGUGGAAAACGCGCCAGAGGCACCUGGAUGCUUGCAAUGUUUAGCACUCUGCUAUCUCCAGACGCAUUAUUGGAACGGCUAUAGGCAAUUGCAUGCCGCGACGCUUGUCAUAUGUCAUUAUAGCUGAGGCUCUCCAACAUCUAAUUGCUGUAUCGCUUCUGUCUCUUCCCUGAUGUUGAUCCAAUCGGAUGCCGUUGAUUUGUCGUCGAUUACUGAUGAUCGUUCCGAUACAGCCAGCGAUAUUCGCGUGAGCUUUCGUGCUUAUUCCAGACGUGCAUGGUAUUUCCCUGUCCGCACUGUCGCGUGCGAACAGUGCAGAUUAGGCUUAGAAAAAGAUCGCCGAGGCUAGCGGCAGCAACAUUGGCUCAAAUCGUCUCAGGCGGCCUUCGGUAUCGAUGUCUCAGGGCAGUGCCAGUGUCU